AUGUCCUCUGCCUCACGCGCCAUGCUCUCCAAGGUCCGCCGCCUCGUGCCACCCAUGCUUGAACACUUCCACAAGGGUCAGCUAGGCCGCGUCGCCGUCAUUGGCGGCUCCGCCGACUACACGGGUGCGCCAUAUUUCAGCGCCAUGGCCAGCGCCCGCCUCGGCUGCGAUCUCAGCUACGUCUUCUGCGAGCCUAGCGCAGCCCCCACUAUCAAGUCAUACAGCCCAAAUUUGAUGGUCAGUCCCAUACUGAGAAGCGUGGCAAGCAUCAGCCAGACCCAGAAGGACCAUGGAGCAAGUGGAGAGGAGUUGGCAAAGCCCAUUCUAGAUAUGUUGCCGCGGCUACAUGUGCUGGUUAUUGGUCCUGGCCUUGGGCGUGAUGAAGUCACACAAAAGCAGGUAAAGGCUGUGAUAGAGGCGGCGAGAAAAUCAGAUCCGCCAUUGCCUAUGGUGUUGGACGCGGAUGCUCUCUGGUUGGUUCAAACAGACCCAGACCUUAUCCGAGGCUACAAAGAGUGUAUCCUGACGCCGAAUGUGGUCGAAUUUGGGCGGCUUGCUAAAAGCGUCGGCUUGCAUCAAUCGAGUGGUGAUGCAAGUAAAGUGUGCCAGGAGCUAGCGGAUAAGUUGGGUGGGGUGUGUAUCAUUCAAAAGGGACCCGUUGAUUACAUCUCGCAAGGUCGGGACACCACAACCUCUGAUUUCGAAGGUGGCUUGAAGCGCUCGGGAGGGCAGGGCGACACUCUGACCGGAUCACUGGGUACUUUCCUUGCGUGGCGACAGGUGUACCAUGAGGGUUUGUGGGAUGUUGGCGACGAGAAGAUGGACCGUGCGGAGACGCUGCUCGUGGCAGCCUUUGCUGGCAGCGCCAUUACGCGGGAGUGCUCGAGAAGGGCAUAUCAGAAAAGACAGCGGUCCUUGCAGGCCAGCGACCUCACAGAAGAGGUGCACGAAGCGUUUUUGAGCUUGAUUGGCGAACCCACCGAGCAACAGGACAAGAAGAGUAACCUGUGA